GACGUGACAUCAUCCCGUCGACCCCCCCACCCCCCCCUUCCACUUUCUCCUUGACGUGGCGCAGAGAGAGGAGGCGAGCUCGAGCGAGCGAGCGAGCGAAGCUCGGAGUUUUCCCCCUUGUCUUUUUAAACCAAGUUAGGCUUCCUAUCCGUUUGGCAUUUGUGUUCUUCUGGUUCAACGGUUCAAAAGAGCAGGCCAGUUCAGCAAUCUGGCACUUGGCAGUCUCCAAGGAAGUUCAAUGAGAUUUCAAGCAUUGUGUGGCCUGGAGUCCAUGAUUGACUCCAUAUCUCGCUGAUUAAAGCAUCAAAUAAGAUUGAAAUUAACAAGGACGAGAGUGGAAGAUAAAUAAUUGUGUCCUUGGUGUGUCCAAUCAAACACUGCAAAUAUGGGGGGGUUUCUUAGCACUAUGUUGAAAUCUCUGUUUGGAAGAAAAGAAAUGCGUAUUCUGAUGGUGGGCCUGGAUGCAGCUGGCAAGACGACCAUUCUAUACAAACUCAAACUGGGUGAAAUUGUAACCACUAUUCCCACCAUAGGUUUCAAUGUAGAAACAGUGGAAUACAAAAGCAUUAGCUUUACUGUAUGGGAUGUGGGUGGUCAAGACAAAAUCCGUCCACUUUGGCGCCACUACUUCCAGAACACACAAGGUUUGAUUUUUGUGGUUGACAGUAAUGACAGGGAGAGAGUGAAUGAAGCUAAGGAAGAAUUGAUGAGAAUGCUUGCUGAAGAUGAGCUUCGAGACGCUGUGUUGCUACUUUUUGCAAAUAAACAGGAUCUGCCUAAUGCGAUGAAUGCUGCAGAGAUCACUGAUAAGUUGGGUCUGCAUGCACUCCGCCAGAGGACCUGGUUUAUCCAGGCAACCUGUGCAACCAGUGGCGAUGGUUUAUAUGAAGGACUGGAAUGGUUGUCCCAGCAGCUUAAAAGUAACAAAUAAUUCCUUUCUUCCUUCCUACCCACCACUCUUCCUCCCUUUAUUUCUGCUUCAUUAUGUCGUAUGGCAACUGCUACUUUGUGGUAUUGGGUGCCAGGAACCUGCUUCAUUAUAUCUGAUCACUAGAACUAUAAAUAACACCAUACUGUAUGGGUGAGAAGUACAGACUUGAAAGCAAAUGUGGUUUCUUAUUUAAAAUGUGUAUAUAUUGUCCCUUUUUGUAACGAGGCAGUUUCCUGCUACUCCUAUGCAAUAUUUACCCCAUGAUUGUUCUGUUUCCUUUAAGGUUCAUAUUGACAUGUAAGAAUUUAGUGUAGAAAGGGGACAAACUGAGCUUGGAAUUGGGAGUUGAAUGCACUCCCAACAGUACAAUGUACAAAGUCUCCUAAGAGAUUUGCUUUACAAGCUCUUAAAUGGGGCUUUCCUGCAGUUUGGGGCAUGGCUUUUGAUGGAGGGAGGGAACUUGCAUCUGACCUUUAUUGAUUUUUCUGCUCGUCUUCCCUCAUUGCCCAAAGCUGGAAUUUCAGCAGUGAAGGAUUGCUUGUAUUUUUGGUUUUAAAACUGCCAACACACUUCAAUGAUUUCUGGGUUCAGAUUCUCUUGCACUUCUGUGAGUUGGUCUCAAUUUAAAGCUUAUUUGAACAUCCCUUUCCUAGACCUAUGGAGGCUGGAAUUGAAGUUCAGAAUAAAAAGACUUGUAACCUACUUUAUCUGCCUUUUUGAAUAAUUUAAAGUCAAACUCAGUGGCUUGAUUUAAUCACUCAGAUCGAUUUUCAAUUAAUUUUAGUGAAAAGCUGAAGGUUUCAUCAUCUGGGGACCACAACUUCAAAAAACAUGAAUUGCAUUGGGGAAGAGAUGAUUAGCAAACACAGCAAAUUUUGAGUGGUUACCUGAAGUGCCAGGAAUUUUGCCUGUUCAAUUCCUGACUUUUCCUUUGUGGCUUACCCCCUACCAACGUGGUAAACUGAUCACAGCAUGCAGGCACUGUUGGGUCAGAUGGAAAGGUUUUUUUUUUGGGUUUUGUUAGCUUGUCCCAUGGCUGAUGUAGCAAGUAUCAAUGUAAUUGAAUGCACCUAAGCCCCUAACCUCCUUUGCUUUUCCCAAUGUGUGGAAACUACAUGUGCGAGUCAUUCCAUUUUAGGUAUUGCGCAAGACAUUGUAUUGCCAUCAAUUCCAUUUCCCUUCUCUCCCAUACCAUUCUCCAAACCUGCAGAACUCAUCUGAUUAUAAAUACUGUAAGGCCUUGAUUUGCCAGUGUUUAAAGCUUUUAAAACCAGCUGAGAAACUGGAUAGUAAAUACUUGAGUCUGAUCAGGUUGAGUUAUUGAUGUGAAGUUGAUCCUUUCAUUACACUACUAAUCAGAUGUUUUGUAUACAUUUCAACUUUCAUUUUGACAAAAGCACUGUAAUUAAAGCUACUGUUAGAAUAAAAUCUAAGAUUAAGAACUUGA